AUGACGGAGCAGACGAUAACGGACCAGGAUAAAUCCGUGGAGGAAUUAGUUUCUUUCUUGUCACAUCCACGACCAGAGUUGCGCAAAGCAGCGUCCAGUCUACUUAUUAACAUGACGGCAUCGGACCAAGGGAUGUUUCAGUUGCUACAGCUCAAGAAGUUUGAUGUGGUACAAGCGCUUUGUCGCAUUGUUAGCGACAUGCGGCCCAUUGCAGAGGACGCUAUCAAGGCACUUAUCAACUUAACGGCAGCCAAUCCAGUGGCCUGUGAGCGUGCACUCAAGUUUGAUCUGCUAAAUCGCGUCAUGGCCCAAGUGGAGGACGAUGAGUGGCAUCUGACUGACUAUUCCAUGAUGUUGCUGGCCAAUGUAACUACAACAAUAGAAGGCACAAAGGCUCUGUUAGGGUACGAUGACAAGUCAACGGAUGCUGCUAUUGCUCUGCGUGAAAAGAAGAUUCGUACACUUACUAGCUCAUUUCUAGAAGGAAAACCAGAGCCUGAUGGAGUUGACAGCUCAACGGGUGAACCCACAUGGGACGACGAGUACCAGUAUGUGGCAAACAUUCUGGCUAACAUUAGCCAGUUGGAACAAGGGCGAGACUUUUUACUCAAGAUGCGUCAAAGUACGUCACUGGCGGGUGCGCUUCUUCCGCAACUCAAAUCACCUAAUGUCGUGCGUCGGCGAGGUAUCACAGCUGCACUCAAGAACUUGUGUUUUGACUCAGACAACCACUUCUACUUGUGCGACCAAUUGGAUAUUCCCACUCAUAUGAUGGUCUUGCUUGCUGGUCCGGAGGAACUCGAUGAGGACGACAAGAUGGGCAUGAACCCGGUGGUGUAUAGCCAAGGUAACAAGAAAAAGCGAGAGCACGAUCGACUAGUUCGUCUUGCUGCUGUGGACUGCCUAUUGCUGCUGUGCACGACACGCACCGGGCGUAACGAGCUGCGUCGCAAGAAAGCAUACCCGAUCAUUCGUAACGCUCACUUGGAGGAGCCCGAUGAGGAGAUUGGCGACCAGAUCUACAAACUUGUGGACUUCCUCAUUCGUGACGAAGAGGGUGAGGAGCCUGACUGGAAUGAGGUGCGCACAAAGUCAUUUGCAGCUGAUCAAGAAACUAAAACGACUGGGAACGGCGAAGUGGUGGUGCCGCCGAUCCUAGCAGCACCGCUCAAGGCGACUGUGCCAAAAGAGCCCAAGGUACAAACCAAGAUUAGCAAGAAACAGAAGGCGCUGGAGAAGACAGUCGUUACGGCAUCGUCAACCCUUCCAACGAGUGGAGAGGAUGAAGAAGUCUCGGAGGAUAUUGCUAGUCAGCUCGCUAACGAGAUCUCGGCUCUGGACGUGAGUAGCGACGAGGAAGAGGAGGACGCGGGCGAUCUCGGCGUGGAUUAA